AUGAAGACCUUUGCUGUUCUCGCAGGAUUGGCUCAAGCAUGGACAUUGGUUGAAGCAACUAGCUGUCGAGCUUCGAGCUGUAACACAGGCAUCGCAAAGGCUGUCAAAUGUGACACCAACAAACCCGGCCAAUGUGCAAAUGCAAUUGGUUGCCAGUACUUUUACAGCACUACGGUCUACAAGGGAUGUUCCACGACGACAAUCACAGUAUACAAUCCUCCAAAGACGGUCACGACCACUCGAGCAGCUCAAAAGACUGUGACCACAACGAAGAACCAACCACCUAUCGACCAGACGACUGUCAACACGAUCCGCUCGACCGACACCAUCUUGAMAGAGACCAGUUCGGAUACCACUGUAAUCGCGACGGAUUUCGAAACAGUUACCACGACUGUGGCCACAGAGACAUCAUUCGACACUCAAAUCACAGCAACAAUCACAAUCGCAGUAACCGACACAACCAGCACCACGACAACAGAUUUCAGAACCACCAGUGUCGCCCCUCAAGUCGGUCCAGCAUACCCCGGAAACCGCAGACGUUCCACUCCAGAAGGCACCCUCAUCACCUCCCCAGCAGGAAAAUCCUUCCUCGUUCCUCUGGGAGAGGAUGUCUCCAAAUAUGAAGCCUCCCCUGAAGAAUCCCUCCCCGAAACCUCCUCAAAAUCUCGAAGAGGACUCGACAGCUACGCAAUCCACUACMCACAAGGCUACCAACCCGCCGCCGUGAAAUCCUGCCUCAAUCCUCGCUCCUACUCAGCAGCAUGUAAUUGUUUCGGCGCACACGCCAAAACCAUAACGAAACCCUCACAAAUCAAAACCGUCAAAGUCACAAAGACUAAACCCGCAGUAACGCUGACUGUACCUCGAACGAAUACCGUGACGGUGACGACUACGAAGCCUCAGAUUACGAAUCGCGUGACGCAGACGACGACCGUGGUGGAGUUCGCUACUGCGAGCGUUACGGAGACGGAAUCCAUCACGAGCACUGUUACUGAGACGGAGGCCACGACUGCGGAAGAGACGGUGACGGUUCCUACGGAUACUGCUACGACUACUACUAACACCGUUACUCGGACUAAUACCGAAACGGCCAUAGCAACAGCAACAGCCAACCCCUUCAACCCUGGUGGGUCCUGUGGUUGCCGACAACCCUUUAUUCGCGGCAUUCGAAUCAACGUGCAAGGCGUCUUCUACAAAACAGGCGUCUUUGCCAGCUUUGUCGAAUGUGGGAAAUUUUGUGAUGAUUCCUUCAGUUGUGCGGGGUUGGACUAUAACAUUGGGACGGGAGAUUGUAGGUUGUCGAAUCGGGCCAACCCGGCGACGAUUGAGGAUGCGGAUUAUUAUUAUGGCCCGCAGGCUGUUUCGCCGCCUGGGAGUAACACUUGUUCGGGAGUUUGUACUCUUGCUUGA